UCAGGUUCCUCUCUGCCUAUGCUAUGAUUGCAUAUGGCCGCAUGAGAGGAGAUUCCUCUGUUCCUCUGUAACGAAAACAAAUUGUGACAACUGUAAACCUGGUGCGUGAUGAUGUGAUCACUUGAUUCGAGGAACAGCAAUAAUUUGUUAGAGAUAUGCGCGCUAGGAAGAACACAAGGAAAGCAUGCCUGUAGAGAAUAACCGAUCAGCUAAGUAAUCAUUUCUGAUCGUUCUCUCGAUGAUGUAGCUGCCGUUAUCUAGGCGUACAACACAACGGAUAGCGUUUUCGUUAAACUUUUUGUUAAAUAUGGCGCAAAUCCAGACGUCGACUAUGGACGGGCUGCCGAAGCACUUUGUUAACGCAAUGCGCACGCUGUUCGAUAUAAUGGACGAUCAAAACACCGGCUUCGUGAAGUUCGUCGAUAUCGAGGGUCGGUGGCAGGAUGAUGGAACGCAGGGCUUACCCAAGGGUGUACUGGACAGCCUGAAAAAAGUCACGCCGCCGAACGGGCUAUUGUCGUUCGAGAGAUUCUGUGCCGGCCUGAAGAUCUGUCUGCUGCAAAUACAGGCGGAGGUAGACGCGAAGAAACACGACGGCCAACCCAACAGGCCGCCGUCCGCGCCGAUACUCAUCCCUGACAAUCAGAAUAAGGCGGCUUGGACUUCGCCCAACACCGCUGCUAUAAGACCGAACAACGCCAUAUCCCAGCAACGCACCCUCAGUAUGCCGCAGUUGCUGGCUAAUCGUAAAGACAUGAAUGCACAGUUGGAACUGAUGGAUGGGAGAAACAUUGGAGAACCGAAGAUCACCAAGGUAUAUGGUCCACCGAAACCACCUCGGACUGGUGCUGCCCUGGAAGGCAGAACGAUGGGUCUGGAGCGUAACUUUGACAAGUCCGAGAUCAGAACUGCAUUGCAAAAUUGGCAGAUGGGUCUCAUGAUGAGCGAUGAAAAAGAGAAGCGUCAUUUGCAGGCUGUAAAUUACAGACCAGACGCCAGGACAUUGUUGAGACCGGCCAGAGUUCUGGGCGACGGUAAAGCGGUCGAUAUACAGAGCAAUCAACUCGGGCUUCAAUCCAAGAAACCAUUGAAUCGUCGCAGAGAACCCAGGCGGCACACGUUGCAGAAUGGUAUUGAUUACAAUAUGAUGAAACGGAUGAAGCAGAUUGAGCAGGAGAAGGAUGUCUUGCUACAAGGUUUAGCUGCUGUUGAUAAAGCUAGAGAAUGGUACUUGAAACAAGUAUCAGCCACUCAAGAGAAGAUUAAACACCUUGGACGAAUGGGUUCCCAUGUGGAACAAUGGACUGAAGCCCAACAAGAGCGCUUAGAGCUGCAACGCGCGCGUGUUUUGGAAGUAAAUCGACAUCUAGCUGCUUUGAUAAGCAGCUGGGAACGUGGAGGACUUCCACUUCAUAUGAAUCUUGCAUUCCUGAGUACUCCAACCUCUGCUCAGCUUCAGCAGGAUAUGCUCUCGAGGCUUAAACAACAAAAUCACAAAUUAACUGAGGAAGUUAGCAAAAAGAGCCAACGAAUAGCGUUACUUGAGCAAGAAAAAGACAGUUUGGUUAGAGAAUUGUACAAUAGACAAUCUGGUCUGGUUCAAUCCCGAAGAGCAACAAUGAUCCACGAACAACAUGAUCAAACAUUCAUGUAAGAAUAUGAGAAUUCCAGGCUUUAGAAAAUGUGCCACAUAGUGAUAUAAUUGAGUUAAAUUUUAAAUAGCAUAAAAAGAAUAAAGAAAUUGAUAUACGGAAAGGUGAUGAUCUAUUAAUAUCGCCAUUGUUGUACAAAUCGAUAAAUAAUGCCGGACAUUUCAACUGGAAUAUUAUACAGCAAUAAGUGAAAAUCGUGUUUUGAAUGUUCCAGAAUGCCAUGAUGCCAUAUAGAAAAUAUUUAACAUAUUUUAAAAGUAUGAAAUAUUUGAUAUGGUGUUAAAAUAAUUGUCACUGCCUCAAUAAUUUGAUAUUUUACAUUAAGGAUGUAAAAAAUAUUCAAUGAAGUAUAUGCAAAAAUAUACAAUGAAGUAUAUGCAAUUAGGUACAAUUUAGACAUAGUAAUGGAUAAAUAAAAUGUCUUAACGUCUCUACAAUUUAUCUAAAAGAACGAAACCUGUUUUAAUAAAUUAUUUUAAUUAUGUAA